GCAGGAACUUGGCGACUUGACAUCAGGGCCGGUCGCUUGGUGGAGUUUCCGACACAGGAUGGAGGAAACAAAGGAUGGCUGGCGUAAAGGAAAAGCCGCCUUCCUGGGGCAGGAGCAGAGCGGGGAUGAGGCAUGGAGCACGAAGCAAAGAAAGGCAAGAAGGUGAGUGCAGGGGGGGAGAACGCCGUAUGGGGGUGCUUUUCUGUGAGUGGGUGUUGGGUGCUUUAUGGGGUGAAGGGACGACACACAUCAGUUUCCACCUCUCCAACCUGACCUGAUGAGGAAGGCUGAGUUGUGUUUCUGGGUGCAAAACAGAUCCUUGGAUCUCUUAAGGGAGCCGGCAACAGCCAAGUGUAUAGUCCAGGUUAUGGGUAGGCAAUUAAGGCCCAGGGGCCAGAUUCGGCCCAAUCGCCUUCUCAAUCCCGCCCGCGGACAGUCCGGGAAUCAGCAUGUUUUUACAUGAGUAGAAUGUGUCCUUUUAUUUCAAAUGCAUCUCUGGGUUAUUUGUGGGGCAUAGGAAUUUGUGCAUUUCCCCCCCAAAAAAUAGAAUCUGGCCCCCCACAAGGUCUGAGGAACAGUGGACCGGCCCCCUGCUGAAAAAGUUUGCUGCCCCCCCAGUCCAGGUGUUUCAGACUAAAACUCCCAUGUGUUGUAGUCCAAAACAUCCGUCAGGCACCAGUCUGGCAUGGGCUGUGUAAGGUGUUCGGGGAACCCCAACUGCCCUAUGCAAACGCCACACAGCAUUUUUCCUAAGCCACAAAAAGGAUUCGGCCCUUAGAAAGGGGGAGGAGCCAGCAAACAGUGGUGCCUCCACUGUCAGCAUGCCAUGAAACGAGACAGCCGUGCACCGCAGAAUCUAUUUUGGAACAGCCGUUUCCAUCACUGUUUUCUGCCUGUCCCCAGCCCCAUGUUGCUAUCCGGCGACUCCCAGAGCUUUGAUUGAGCUGGCCCCAGAAUUCCAUCCUACAAGUUGUGUGCCAGGGUUUGCAAAAAUAAGUGCAAUGCGUCAGAGCAAACAGAGUAAUUACCUGUGACUUUAAUCAGGGGUGUAGGAGGGGGGACGGAGGGGGCAGGGCAGCCUGGGUGCCCCUCCAGGGGGUGACAAGACGGCCUCUGCCUUCCCCCAGCUGUAGAGCGGCCGAGGGUGUGCACAGUCCAUAUGGGCGUCCGUACAGGCUACCGUGCGUGCGCACUCCAUACGGGAUGCCGCACAUGCGCAGUCCGUACAGGAUGAUGCUCAUGGUUGCCGUGUAAGCGGCAGCCCGUACAGAAGCUGCGCGUGAGCGGCAUCCCAUAUGGAGUGUGCAUGUGCGGCAUUCCCUACGGACUGCGCAUAUGCAGUAUUCCACAUGGAGUGCACAUGCAUGGGGUGCUGCACAUGCGCAGUCUGUAUGGGAUGCCGCACAUGCAGGCCCAGGCAGAGGGGGGGCCAUAUGGGCUACUUGGCCCAGGCCUCCAAUUCCAAAAGGGGCCUCGGUCAGCAUAUUCGCAAUCGCAGGGGAUGCACUGGGGCGAACGCGGAGGCGCAAAGGCGGUGGUGGGUGGAUUCCCUGGGGCCAUGGCUGGCAGCGCAAGGGAAAAGCUUCCCUGGCGUAUAAGACUUCAGUUAUCCCCAGGGUAAAAAAAGGGGGGGUACCUGGCCCGGGCCUCUGCCUGGCUCUGCAAGGCCCUGCGCACAUGCGCACUCCAUACGACACGCUCCCGCCCCAGGUGCCAGAGAGGGUUCCUCCGCCACUGACUUUAAUCAAUCUUGGGUUAGGUGGCCGGUCUCUGCCGCUGUUGUUUGUGCCCAGCAUAUUCACAUUUUAUUUUUUUAAAAAAAUAUUUUUUUAUUAAAUUUUCAGUAAAAAAUUAAACAGAAAAACAGAAAAAGAAUUACACAAAUACACAUAAAAAAGAAAUACACAAAUACACAGUACAUAAUCCAAAGAGAAAAAGAAAAAAAAGAAAAAAAAAGAAACAGCACAAUUAAAAACAAUCACCUUUUCAUUUCCGUGUUUAAAUUUACUUAUUUUCUGGACCUCCUCAUACCUCCCUCUUUUGUAUUCCAGUCCAAAUUGUUUGUCCAGCAAUUUCUUUUCCACUUUUUUUAAUCCCAAUCUUUAAUCUUUAAUAUAAUAUAGCAUUAAAAUUUUACCUCUUAAAAUACCAAAUUUCCAUUUCCUUACACUUCUUUAAUCCUAAUCCUUAAUCUUGAUCUAUCUAUAACUUUAAAUCCUGUACAGCUGGAAACCACUUAUUUUCCAUCCAACAUCACUCCAGCAUUCUUUAAUUUUGUAGUGUUUCUGUAGAUAGUCUUUGAAUUUCUUCCAAUCCUCCUCCACCGACUCUUCUCCCUGGUGCAUAUUCACAUUUUAGAAACAAACUGUUACACAUCAGAAUGUAGGACGCUGCCUUGGACUGAAUCAGAUCAUUGGGCCAUCUCUCCCAGUACUGCUCACACGGGCUGGCAGCAGGUUUUCAGGGCUGCAGACAGCCUAUAUUCCCAGCCCGGCCUUGGGAAGUAAUAGUCCUACUCUAUUUUUCCUUGGUCAGACCACACCUGGAGUCCUGUAUCCAGUUCUGGGCACCACAAUUUAAGAGGGAUAUUGACAAGCUGGAAGGCGUGCAGAGGAUGAAACCAAGCCUGAUGAGGAAUGGUUGAGGGAGUUGUGUAUGUUUAGCCUGGGAAAGAGGAGGCUGAGAGGAGACAGGAUAACCAUCUUUAAGUAUCUGAAGGGCUGUCACACAGAAGAUGGAGCAAAGUAGCUUUCUCCUGGUCCAGAUGUGGGCACCCGAACCAAUGGCUUCAAGUUACAAGAAAGGAGAUUCCGACCAAACCUGAGGAAGACCUUUCUGAUGGAAAGAACUGUUCAGCAGUGGAACAGACUUUCUUGCUCUCGCCUUAAAAACUGGAGGUUUUUAAACAGAGGUGUGGGGGGGGGGGGAAUCUGUGAAGGAGUUGAAAGGAGAGAGAGAGAGAGAGAGAGAGAGAGAGAGAGAGAGAGAGAGAUGGGGGUUAUGUUCUUACGUUUUAUUGCAUAGUGUUUGUGCAGGUAAUUCUAUGAACCAGGAUUCAGCCACAGACUGCUUCAGAAUCACCUGAAAGCUGUUCACACCUCUUGCUUACCUGGCACUGACAGUCUCACUUUGUCACUCACCGCAAUUGAGAUGCCUUCAAGGUAGAGGAGCGCUGGAAGGGGUGGGCAGAUGUGCUCUCUGCACAUGAUCAGAGGAACUCCCCAAAUAAAAAUAAUUAAUAAUUUUUUAUUUAUACCCCGCCCUUCCCAGUUCAGAAAACUGGGCUCCGGGCAGCUAACAACAAAUUUUGUCGUUUAGUCAUGUCCGACUCUUCAUGACCCCCUGGACCAGAGCACGCCAGGCACUCCUGUCUUCCACUGUCUCCCACACUUUGGUCAAACUCAUGCUGGUAGCUUCGAGAACACUGUCUGAAAUAUACUCAGAGUCGCAAAGUGAUUUCAUGCUCUUUAUUCAGCUCAUAGUGGUGAGGAGGAAUGAAUGAAUGUCCCCUCAAAGUAUCUGCUUUAUAUACAUUAUUUACACAAUGGGCUGCACAUGAUUGGCUAAUUCCGGAAUUCUACUGUAAGCCAAUCAGGUUGUGGAUUCACUUCUAUCUGGAGCAUGAUUGGGUGGUUCCUGCCAACCAAUCAUACUGCUGCAUUGUUCUAGGACCAAUCAGACUGCUGCAUUCUGAAUCGUAUUGUUCUAGGACCAAUCAGACUGCUGCAGUUUGGAUCCUAUUCAACUCAGUACAUAACACUGUCCAACCAUCUGGUCCUCUGUCCACCCCUUCUCCUUGUGCCCUCCAUCUUUCCCAACAUCAGGGUCUUUUCCAGGGAGUCUUCUCUUCUCAUGAGGUGGCCAAAAUCUUGGAGCCUCAGCUUCAGGAUCUGUCCUUCCAGUGAGCGCUCAGGGCUGAUUUCCUCCAGAAUGGAGAGGUUUGAUCUUCUUGCAGUCCGUGGGACUCUCAAGAGUCUCCUCCAGCACCAGAAUUCAAAAGCAUCCAUUCUUCGGCGAUCAGCCUUCUUUAUGGUCCAGCUCUCACUUCCAUACAUCACUACUGGGAAAACCAUAGCUUUAAUUAUACUGACCUUUGUCGGCAAGGUAGUGUCUCUGCUUUUUAAGAUGCUGUCUAGGUUUGUCAUUGCUUUUCUAAAACACUUAAUUGAUGCAACAAAAAACAGCAUAAAAUACAGUAUAAAACAUGAAUAACAAUAAAUUCAGAAUUCAAAAAUCAGUUGGGGGGGGGAUCCAUCCAAUAAACAGUAGAUGAUCACCAGGGCUAGCUGGCUAAAUUAGUCCUACUUGGGCCAGCAAGGAGACCAGGGGAGAAUUAGCUGUGGGAUCCCAGAGCAGGUGAUCUUCAUAAUAAGGGGAGGGGGAGGGAACUGAGGCGAAUGGGCAUUGAACUCGCCCAGCAAGUCCCAGGACUCAGCCCAGGCUUAUCUUGAGCCUUGCACAAUCUUUUCAAGAGAAGCGAAUGUGUUUGCCGUUCUUGGUUUAGCUUUGGGAAUUGGGGGCGGGGGGGGGGCGGGCAAUGAUGUCUUCUCCCCUGCCCUGCCCACAUCCUGAGCAGAUGGCCCUGGCUGGCUUUUCCCCACCCUGUCACAGAUCCAGCAACAUCUGAAGCCACUGGGGAUACAUUUCCCCUCCAGCUGCCCAAGGGGAAGCCCAGCUGUCAGCCUGGGCUCCUGGCCGAAAAAACAGCAGCAGCCGAUCCCGAGACCAGCAUGUUAAAUUGGUUUGCUUGGGCAUCGCCCAUGGGGCAAAGAGAAGGCAGUUAUUGGGUGCCGGAAGCAGGUGGUCCCAAUGUCACCCCCUGCUUCCACUCUAACUGUCUAGAGCAGGAGUCCCCAAACUAAGGCCCACGGGCCAGAUAAGGCCCGAGGGACUUGUUUAUCCGGCCCACGGCGACCCCCGCCGCCCGCUCUUACCCACGCUGUGCGACUGCCCACUUCUGGGUCGGAGGAGCACCAGAAAUUACUUGUGCACAUGUGCAAGCGUUAUUUGUGCGAGCACAAGCAUUAUUUGCGGUGCACAUCUGGGUCAGAGGAGGUCCAUGCACAUGCGCACAAGCUAUUUCUGGUACUCCUCCACCCCAGAAGUACGCUAGAAAUAGUGUAUGCGCACGCGUAUGGGCAUGCGCUUCCCCUGCCCUCUGGCCCGCUGCGUGAUCGGCGCUGGAGACACCGGCCUGAGGCGCGGGAAGUUUGCUGACCCCUGGUUUAGAGACCUCCUGAUCCGUCAUAAGGUUUUCCAGUUCAAGCCCCACAGAAGUGAACGGGAGCUGCAAAAGAUCCCACAUCAGUGAGAUUUUUGCACAGGGAAAUUUCCCCAGGGGUGUGUGUCAUAUCUGCAAACCCCUGCACCUGAAGGAUCCAUCCACCUCACUUUGUGGCCAGGUGACCUGUUGAUGGAGAAUUCAUCCUGAUUUGUUUGCAGGGAGUUUGGGUAACACCGACUGUUUAAUGAACAGCAUUGCGAUUUGUUCGCGAUGACUAUCUUAAUGAGGUAGUUCCCAAACUUUUUUGAGCUGCCUCCCCCUUGGCUCCAUAAAUGUCGUGGACCCCGGUGCCCCCUAUCCUAUAGAAAGCAUCAUCCAGAAUAGUGGUUUGCAUGUUAUAAUAAUAAUAAUUUAUUAUUUAUACCCCACCCAUUUGGCUGGGUUUCCCCAACCACUCUGGGCGGCUUCCAACAAAGUAUUAAAAUACAGUUGUCUGUCAAACAUUAAAAGCUUCCCUAAACAGGGCUGCCUUCAGAUGUCUUCUAAAAGUCUGGUAGUAGCUGUUCUCUUUCACACCUGAUGGGAGGGCAUUCCACAGGGCGGGGGCCACUACUGAGAAGGCCCUCUGCCUGGUUCCCUGUAACCUCACUUCUUACAAUGAGGGAACUGCCAGAAGGCCCUCGGCGCUGGACCUCAGUGUCCGGGCAGAAUGAUGGGGGUGGAGACGCUCCUUCAGGUAUACUGGACCGAGUCCUUUUAGGGCUUUAAAGGUCAGCACCAACACUUUGAAUUGUGCUUGGAAAUGUACUGGGAGCCAAUGCAGAUCUCUCAGGACCGGUGUUAUGUGGUCUCGGCGGCCGCUCCCAGUCACCAGUCUAGCUGCCACAUUCUGGAUUAGUUGUUGUUUCCGGGUCACCUUCAAAGGUAGCCCCGCUAAGGAAGAUAACAACACAGUAAAAUUCAAAGCAGUGACAAUUAAUUGCACAAAAUCUAAUUAAAAUAAUUCAAUUCAAUUAAAACUGAUGAUUUCGAAGUCUGAUAGGCAUUGACCUCUCAUGCCCCCUGCCUCUUAGUGUCCCCUACUGCCCCCCCAGGAGUCGCUACUACCCACCUGAGGAAACCACGGGCUCUUUUUAAGGAAAGGCCUGGUGCUGUGAUGCUUUUAUGAUGAUCUGUAUGUUUCAAUAGAUUAUAGAUAAAUUCUAUUGAUGUUUAAUCGGUGCCUGGAAAGCAUGGGGCGAAAGGUCAAUGUGGAUGAGCCCUUAACGUGUGGAACUGGAUGAGAUUAGCUGGAAACUGAGGCAAAACCUCUGGAGAGAGGAAGGGGCUACCUAGUUGCUUUCUGGGAAUGUGAGAGAAGGGUCUGUGUGGGGUGACAGAGGCUGGGUUUCCUCGCCCGAUAUCCUUCCUUCCUGUUGAUUGCUGUAGCAGGAGCAAAGAUAAAUAAUGCAAAAUAGCAAUGAUAUGCAAAUUGCAUUCAAUUAGGCUGCAGGCUUUUUAUUUCCUUGAUACAGAACUUAAUUUGGCCUUCUGGCAGAGAGCGCGCUCGGAGCCAUCUGCAUUGAUCACGGAGUCCGGACGAAGCCAUGGAAUCAUAGCAUUGUAGGGUUGGGAGGGACUCCCAAAGGUCAUCUAUUCCAACCCCCUGCAGUGCAGGAAUUUCAGCUAAAGCAUCCCUGACAGAUGGCCAUCCAACCUCUGCUUGAAAACCUCCACCACCUUCAGAGGAAAUCCGCUCCACAGUCCACGGUCAAACCGCUCCUAGUGUCAGAAAGUUAUUAUUAAUGUAUAGUCGGAAUCUCCUUUCUCGUCAUUUGAAUCCAUUGAUUUAAGCCUUACUGUGCUGGUCCCGUGGGUCAACCGAGAGGCGAGGUCCAAGUCCAGUCCGAGGUCAAAGGAGCAAUAUGGAGGCAGUCCGUAAAAGCUGAAGCUGGGUGCAGGGCAGGGAGUCUGGUGAGGUCAGAAGCGAUGGCAGGAGAGCAGGACAGGGUUCAGGCAGGAACUGGCAACCUACAAAGUUGCUCCCGCAACUAGGGACUGGGGCUGGCUGGCUUUUAUCUGCCCUGAGGCAUAGGGCAGCCCCGAUCCUCAGGUGACUCGCCUCUCCUGACCUGGAGGUGAGCACUCCUCCUGCGAGAACUUAGUUCCCUCCGCCUCUCUGCCCUGAGCCUCUGCAGCUCAGGAGAGGCUGGAGGGUUAUCAGACCCAGAGGCAACCUCAGCCUCCCCUGACGGGGCUGAGAGUGGAGCACCUGCAGGCAAUGGGUCCUCCAUCACCUCCGGAGCCAGAGCAGACUCAGCUGAUGCCUGCACCUGAGGACCCAGCACAGGUGAGGACCCUUCAGGCUCAUGCCCCAGCCCCGGCUCAGCUGGUUCUGGAGGAGGGGAAUCCUGCACAGGCUGGGAUUCCUCAGGUUCAGCAUCCGAGUCCGAAUCCCAGGCCAUGACACUUACCUUCUGCAGCAGCAGCAGAAAACAAGCUUGCCCUAUUUUCCAUCUGAUUGCCCUUCAAAUAUUUGAAGACGGCUACAUCUCCUCUUCUCCAGGCUAGCCAUACCCAGCUCCUUCAACCGUUCCUCAUCAGGCUUGGUUUCCAGACCCUUGAUCAUCUCGGUCUCCCUCCUCUGCACACCUUCCAGCUUGAUCUAGACCAGGGUUCCCCAAACAUGGGUCUCCAACUGUUUUGGGACUACAGUUCCCAUCACCCCUGGUCCACUGGUCCUGCUAACUAGGGGUGAUGGGAGUUGUAGUUGAACAACAGCUGGAGACCCAAGUUUGGGGAAUCCUGGACUUCUGUUUAUGCAGCCUAGGAUUGCAUUGGCUUAUUUUGCUGCUGCAUCGCACUGUUGGCUCAAGUUUGCAACGAGGGCAUCUGCCAGCAUCUGGGCCGCCUGCAGCCAGUUCUCCAUCACCCUCCUGUUGCGACUUUACUGACGGGGCCUCUGCUUCUGCCUGCUUCCCCAACAGGGCUUCGUGUCACCGAUCAAGAGGCUCGUCUUCCCAAAGGCAGCCCGAAGGCAGGCCCUCAAGAGCAGCCUCUGCCGCCGCCCUCUUCACUCUGUCCCACUCUACCCUCCGGACUAUCUCAUCGACCCUCAGAUCCUCCUGCACGACUACGUGGAAAAGGAAGUGAAGGUGAGGGUGCCCAAGGGGCAGAGUGCGGAACUUGCUGGUGUCAGCGCAGCAACUGAGGACCAUGUGAUACAUUUUCUGCCAGUGUGGAUUUUGAGCGGAGGGUUUUCCCCUUGGUUCUGCAUUUGUGAGAACUCAAGCUUUAAGUGUGCUAUACCUUAUGUUCCUAUGCAAUUAAAACUUCCAUACUAUUUGACAGCCUAAACGUCCCAAAAUGACGCAAAGUGUGUUCUGGAUCUGUGUAAUAUAUAAUAAUAAUAAUAAUAAUAAUAAUUUAUUACUUAUACCCCCCACUCUGGGCGGCUUUCAACAAAAUAUUAAAAUACAGUAACGCAUCAAACAUUAAAAGCUUCCCUAAACAGGGCUGCCUUCAGAUGUCUUUUAAAAGUCUGGUAGUUGUUUUUCUCUUUUACACCUGGUGGGAGGGUGUUCCACAGGGCGGGUGCCACUACCAAGAAGGCCCUCUGCCUGGUUCCCUGUAACUUGGCUUCUCGCAGUGAGGGAACCGCCAGAAGACACCCAGAAGUGGACCUCAGUGUCCGGGCAGAACGAUGGAGGUGGAGACGCUCCUUCAGGUAUACUGGACCGAGGCCGUUUAGGGCUUUAAAGGUCAGCACCAACACUUUGAAUUGUGCUGGGAAACGUACUGGGAGCCAAUGUAGGUCUUUCAAUCUGUCCUCCUCACCACAGAUCCAUCCAGACAGAUCCCUCUGCUUUCAGCAUGGAACCAUCACUUAGGAGAUUCCUGCCUUAGCCUUGUCCCACUUUAUCGUGGCUUCUUAUCUCUUUAUCUCCAGUUUUUAGGUCACCUGACUUGGGUAACGACUUCCUUGAACCCCUCCAGCCGCGACGAGCUGUUGCAGCUACUGGACACCGCAAGGGUAACCUUCCAAUGUACUUCAGUGCACUUUGGUGUUGUUCAAUUAACAGUCCUAUGCUUGAAACGGAAACUUGGGAGCAUGCAAAGGGAUGCAGAGGUGCUGAAGAGACUUGCGACGGGCGCCACUAGGGAGAACCACUAGGAUGAAGAAGUUAUGUCGACAUGUCUUGGCUGCCAAAAUAACUUGGCCGCUUGGGAUUCUAUAUAUCCCAGGUGCUCCAGCCCAGGUGACAAAGCCUCUUGGGCCAAUCCUUCUAAUCCCUUUCUGAAGCUACCUGUCUGAUGGUCAUCAUCAGCACAACAUAAGCAUGUAUGUUUAGGCUCAGAGACUAUACUGCGUUUCGCUGUGGUGUGUGGCUUGGCUGACUUGCCUGAGUUAUCUGAGUCAAUUUCAUAGAAGUGUGGAGUUGGGAGGAACCCCAAGGCUCAUCUAGUCUAACCCCCUGUGCUUUUCUGCAUUGAUGGGAUGGCCUCAUAGUCCAGUUUCCCCCAACGUGGAGUCCUCCAGGGGCUGAUGGGAGUUGUGGUCCAGAGCAGCUGGCCUGGAGGACUACAGCUUGGGGAAGUCUUUCCCAGGGAUGCAAAACUGGGCACCAUUUAACGGGUUCCCACCUCCUUUUUGCUCCACCUUUCCUGCAGCAACUGAAGGAGCUUCCUCUGAAGACAACCCCAGAGCAGGAUAGCAUCUUGAGCCUUUCGGCCCGCUGCCUGCUUCUUACCUGGAGGGACAACGAGGAACUCAUCCUGAGGAUCCCCACCCACGAAAUUGCAGCCGCCUCCUACCUGCGGGACGAUGCCCUGCACCUCCUGGUGCUCAAAACAGGUGUGGGUCGGUUCAGGUAACCUGGAGGAUUCCCGACUACAGAAUUCCCACCUGGUUGAAAAUGGAUCAGGCCACUUCCAAGCCAUGGGCCUCAGGGCAGAAUGCGUGUUUCUGCCUGGGCUGGCUCAGUUGGUACACACAAUUUGCAAUAUCUUUCCCCUUUUCUCUUGCAAUACAGUGGUACCUCGGGUUACAUACACUUCAGGUUACAGAUGCUUCAGGUUACAGACUCCGCUAACCCAGAAAUAGUGCUUCAGGUUAAGAACUUUGCUUCAGGAUGAGAACAGAAAUUGUGUUCUGGCAGCACAGCAGCAGCAGGAGGCCCCAUUAGCUAAAGUGGUGCUUCAGGUUAAGAACAGUUUCAGGUUAAGAACGAACCUCUGGAACGAAUUAAGUACUUAACCUGAGGUACCACUGUAAUUUUUUUUUUAUACACUAUAUAAAUUUUUAUUUUAAAAAAUUAACAUAUCAGUUCCAACAGUCAUACAACAUAACUUCUCAUCUUAUACAGUAUUUUGGACUUCCAUCAACACCUCUGAUGAUUUUCUGUUUUUAUCACUUAUUCCGCAUUUCUUACUUUCUGUAAUACAUAUAAUUAUCCUUAACUAAUAGUUCUCUUCAUAGUCUUUCUUGCAAUAUUUCAAAUAAUCCACCUUACAAAACUUCUUUUCUCUUGCAAUAAUUUUUAUUGGGGUUUUUUAUGGAAUUGAUACAAAGAACUACCAAGAACAAGUCAAAACAUUUCCCUCUAAUUUCUCCUGAGUUCAGGUGUUCGGCCAGGAUAACCGACUCUCCUCGGCUGUAAUGUGUGAAUGCUCAGGAUUUGCUCACCUGGUUACUUAUAGCAGCAUGGGUCUUCCAUUCCCAAAACACAACCUUAUUUUGCAACGAGUUGUUGCCAACUUGAGAGCAAAUGAGCAUUGCUAUCUCUCAGCCUAACCUGCUUCACAAGGUUGUUCUGAGGUUAGACCAAGAGAAAUCCAUUCACUAUUAUCCUGACAGGUUAGAGAUAAGCAAAUAUAGCCUCUUCUCCAUUGGAGUUCCCUAAGCACCACCGCUUGUCGUGCAUAAAAUCAGAAAAUUGCAGAGGCGGAAGGGACCCAGAGGGUCAUCUAGAUCAACCCCCCUGCAAUGAAGAAAAACUUAAAAACCUCUGCUUAAAAACUUCCAGAGGAAAGAGAGUCCACCACCUUCCGAGGGAGUCUGUGUUAGAGUUGUUCCCUGAUCUGGACCUUGCGUACGAAUGGUGUGUCUCCACUGCAGUAAAGGGCUUCAGUGUUUUACUGCGGUUCAAUAAACUUUCCCAAAGGGAGAUUCCAAGCUUGUUCUUCCUUGCAGAACUUCUCUGCAAUGAGCUGCUGCUGCUGCUACAGUAGAACCUCAGUUUUCAAACGUAAUCUAUUCCGGAAGACCGUUCGACAUCUGAAAUGUUCAAAAACCGAGGCACAAAGGGCUGUUGGCAAAUUCAAUCGAGAAAACCGGAAAACACACAGCGGAAUCCGUUCGACUUCCAAGGCGCGUUCGGAAGUGGAAGCAUUUCCUUCCGGGUUUUCGGCAUUCGGGUUCUGAAACGUUCGUCAACUGAGACGUUUGAGAACCGAGGCUCCACUGUGCUAGGUGUCAUGGACUGGCUGGACACAGGGGAGGAGUGGAAGGCAGAAGCUGGGGAGCCAUGGGGUUGGUGGUGGGAUGGUGAUGAGUGAUCAAAGGGAGAAGCGGGAGAAGACUGAGAGGAGGAGAAAGUUUCAGCAGCAUUUAGUGAGCUUUUCUUGGACACUGUACUUCUGCAGAUGCUGCCUAGAAUUGUUGUUGCUGUUUAGUCGUUUAGUCGUGUCCGACUCUUCGUGACCCCCUGGACCAGAGCACGCCAGGCACUCCUGUCUUCCGUUGCCUCCCGCAGUUUGGUCAAACUCAUGCUGAUAGCUUUGAGAACACAGUCCCACCAUCUCGUCCUCUGUCGUCCCCUUCUCCUUGGGCCCUCCAUCUUUCCCAACAUCAGGGUCUUUUCCAGGGAGUCUUCUCUUCUCAUGAGGUGGCCAAAGUCUUGGAGCCUCAGCUUCAGGAUCUGUCCUUCCAGUGAGCACUCAGGGCUGAUUUCCUUCAGAACAGAUAGGUUUUGUUAUGUACUGAGUUGAAUAGGAUCCAAAAUGCAGCAGUCUGAUUCGUCCUAGAACAAUAGGAUCCAAAAUGCAGCAGUCUGAUUGGUCCUAGAAAAAUAAGAUUUAGAAUGCAGCAGUCUGAUUGGUCCUAGAACAAUGCAGCAGUAUGAUUGGUCCGCAGGAGCCACCCAAUCCAGCUCCAGGUGGAAGUGAAUCCACAACCUGAUUGGCCUACAGGAGAAUCCCAGAAUUAGCCAGUCACGUGCAGCCCAUUGUGUAAAUAAUGUAUAUAAAGUAGAUAUUUUGGGGGAACAUUCAUUCCUCACUACUAUGAGCUGAAUAAAGAGCAUGAAAUCCACACUUGACUCCGAGUAUAUUUCAGGUUUGAUCUUCUUGCAGUCCGUGGGACUCUCAAGAGUCUCCUCCAGCACCAUAAUUCAAAAGCAUCAAUUCUUCGGCAAUCAGCCUUGGUCCAGCUCAUGGGCCUUUUUUGCUGCUGCAUCACAGUGUUGGCUCAGGUUAAGGUUGUGUUGUUGUUCUUAUUAUUCCCAGGCUUGGGAGUGGACCCGGUCCCUGCAGGAGGUAGCUUGGAUGUUUACCCUGGAAGCACCCACGAGAAGAAAUUCGCCGGAGGGCCAGCUGAGAAGAGACCGGCAGAACCCCGGCACCUGGGGGGCACGAUGGAGCGACGCCACACCAUCUGCAGCCUGGACUGGAAGAUGGCCCGGGGCGGACCAGAGGGCAGGCCCAGCGGAGGGGGCAGCCUGGAGCGGAAGCAGGGCACGGGCAGCUGGGAGAAGAGGCAGGGUCCCGCAGGCGGCAGGCCCUUUGGGAGCUGGGAGCGCAGGCAGACCUACAGCGGCAGCUGGGAGCGCCGCCCCACGGGCAAAGCUGGGGGCAGCUGGGAGAGGAGGCGGCAGGCCUACAGCGGAAGCUGGGAAAGGGGCAAGACCUGGGGCAGCUGGGAGCGCCGGUGGCACACCGGGAACAACCCCCUGGACCCCAAAGAGCCCAGCCCCGAAGCCUACUGCAAUCUCAUCAUCCUGGCUGUGGCUAACAGGGUGAGCAACCUGAAGCCCGGUCUUGUCCUCCCUUCAAAAUAGACAAUCUCUCUCUCUUUCAUAUUUUUAAAAGCUUUUUUUAUGAAUCAACAAGAUAAAAAAAAGAUCUGUAUAAAAACAAAAGCAGAAAAAGAAGGGGGGAGCAUGUAUAUGAAAACAAAAAAGGAGAAGAAAAAGAAAAAGGCAGCCCUAGAUAGGGAAGUUUUUAAAUGUUUUAUUAUGUUUUUAUAUAUGUUAGAAGCCACCCAUAGUGGCUAGGGCAGUCCAGUCAGGUGGGUGGGAUAAUAAUAAUAAUAAUAAUAAUAAUAAUAAUAAUGGAAUAGGACAUCCCUAUUUUCAUCGGAAGGGAUGUGGGUGGCGCUGUGGGUUAAACCUAGGGCUUGCCGAUCAGAAGGUUGGCGGUUCAAAUCCCCGCGACGGGGUGAGCUCCCGUUGCUCGGUCCCAGCUCCUGCCAACCUAGCAGUUCGAAAGUGCAAGUAGAUAAAUAGGUACCUCUCCGGCAGGAAGGUAAACGGCGUUUCCGUGCGCUGCUCUGGUUCGCCAGAAGCGGCUUAGUCCUGCUGGCCACAUGACCCGGAAGCUGUACGCCGGCUCCCUCGGCCAAUAAAGCGAGAUGAGCGCCGCAACCCCAGAGUUGGUCAUGACUGGACCUAAUGGUCAGGGGUCCCUUUACCUUUUACCUAUUUUCAUCAGAGGAAUGCUGGAGGGUAUGAUAUACCACCUAAAUAACCACAUCCUCUAAACUGGUCACAAAUGAUGAAGCAACUCUGGAAUGCGGAUCUGACUGCCCUUUCUCCCUCGGGUGCAGGACAUGGCAGAAGAAUCGUGUGCUCUCAUCUGCCAGGUUUUCCAGAUAAUCUACGGGGACCAAACCAUUGAGUGUGUGGACCGGGCUGGCUAUCACUACACAUCCACCAUGAAGCGUCCUUGGCUGUCUAGCCGGAGUGAGUACAUUUAGGGAAGCUUUUAAUGUUUGAUGCAUUACUGUAUUUUAAUAUUUUGUUGGAAGCCGCCCAGAGUGGCCGGGAAAGCCCAGCCAGAUGGGCGGGGUAUAAAUAAAUUAUUAUUAUUAUUAUUAUUACGCAACCGCCUUAGACAGAGUCAGCUCAUUCAUUUAUUUAUUUGAACAAUUUAUAUACCGCUUAACUGCAAGCGUCUCUAAGCAAAUUACAAAGUUGCAAUGGUGAAAAAAUCAGUUGAAACUAUUCAGACAAAUAUAAAUGCAUGCUGGAAUGAAGAACUUGAGUCAAGAGGGGACAUGUCUGACCUCAACUGGAAAGGAGCUCCAUAAAAUUGGGUGCAUGAUACUUUUGCUUUGGCUUUCUUUGGCGAUCCCUCGUAGCCAAGUAAGAUUGUCUUCCAUAAACACGGUUUUAACAGUGAGUCCGUAAGUGACUGUGGAGGCCAAUUCUGGAUCCACACGUCCUUCCACAGUGGGGACAUUGGUUCCCGGGUGGGAGCUGAUCACGGUGUGGAUUUGCCAAGUGUGCCUUCCUCUUAGCACGUUUCUCCCUUGCGUCCUGAGUUCGAGUGACACCUUUGGUGAAGGCUGUUCUCCAAUUGGAGCGCUUGCAGGCCAGUGUUUCCCAGUUGUCAGUGUUUAUACUACAUUUUUAAAGAUUUGCCUUGAGACAGUCUUUCAACCUCUUUUGUUGACCACCAGCAUUACGCUUUCCAUUUUUAAGUUCGGAAUAGAGUAGUUGCUUUGGAAGACGAUAAUCAGGCAUCCGAAGAACAUGACCAGUUCAGUGAAGUUGAUGUUAAAGAAUCAAUACUACCCCAGUGUUGUCUGCUGUGAUCAGCAGUGACUGAGCUGUUGUGCCCAAAACUAGGUAUGGGUCUUCAGAUGAGUAGAACAGUGCCAUUGGUUCCGGAAUAUCAUUGCAAGCAAACAUUUUUUAGCAUUGCAAACACCCUUUGGUUAGUGAUUAAAAAAAACCUGGUGUAAAUAGUUUUAUGGGUGCCUUCCAUAUACUUUAGGCUAUGACUUGCCUCAUCCCUGACCACUGGGCUUGGCUGACUGUGGAUAAUGGGAUUUGUAGUCCAAAAAAUCUGCCAGGUUGGGCUGCCACUGGGCCACCUGGUGGUUGCAAAGGAUGGAGGGUUGAGGUCUGACAGCGCAGAAACCUGUUUUCCUAUACCCUGUUUAACCCCUUGUGCUGUCUGCUUCCAGGUGAGAGCUGUCGGACGGAUGGGACGUAUGGCUAUGAUGCUGAUUUCAGCUGCUGUAGCUCUUUGUGAGUCCUGCCUCCCCCCACACUGGUAACAAGCGAGAUGUCUGGAUGGGGCUGAUGGGAGUUGUAGUCCAAAAUGGCUGCACCAACUGGGGCUGAUGGGAGUUGACAUGGGAACAGUACCUGGUUGUCGAAGGCUGACCUGAUUUGUCAUUUAAUUGGUUUUGUUAACCAACUAAGCACCUUUUCAUCUGCUAAAAAGGUACCCUAUGGGAUUCUUUAAUAAAUCAUUUCUAAAACUAGUGCAGCUAAGAUAUCAGGUACCAUUUGGGAGGGACGCGGGUGGUGCUGUGGGUUAAACCACAGAGCCUAGGACUUGCCAAUCAGAAGGUCGGCGGUUCGAAUCCCCACGACGGGGUGAGCUCCCAUUGCUCGGUCCCAGCUCCUGCCAACCUAGCAGUUCGAAAGCACGUCAAAGUGCAAGUAGAUAAAUAGGUACCGCUCUGGCAGGAAGGUGAACAGCGUUUCCAUGUGCUGCUCUGGUUUGCCAGAAGCGGCUUAGUCCUGCUAGCCACAUGACCCGGAUUACUUGCUCCCUCGGCCAAGAAAGCGAGAUGAGCACCGCAACCCCAGAAUCGGCCAUGACUGGACCUAAUGGUCAGGGGUCCCUUUACCUUUACCUGGUUAUGGUAACCAAUUAAGCACCUUUUCAUCUGCUAAAAAGGUAAAGGAGUUGUAGUCCAGAAUGGCUGCACUGGCAGUGGGGGCUGAUGGGAGUUGUCUGCUCCGGCUGGGGACUGCUGGGAGUUGUAGUCCAGAAUAGCUGCACUGGCAGUGGGGGCUGAUGGGAGUCGUAGUCCACAAUGGCUGUGCUGGCUGCAGGGGCUGAUGGGAGUUGUAGUCCCAGGGCACAAUGGGGAAGGCUGACCUAGUCCAACACCACGUCUGCAAUUGGGGAGUGGGGAGGAGAAGGAGACCUUCUUGACAACAUGAGACGGGAAGGGUUACUGAUCCGCUUGCUUGCUUCCUUCCUCCCUCAGCGAUGGUUCCCACGACACCUUUGAGGCCUGUUGCAGCGACACUUCGUCCCCCUCCUUCCAUCAGUCCCAUCACAGCCUGGCCACGGCCUGCAGUGGCAGCGACCAGAGCAACACUGGCCUGGAACAACUACAGGACUACAUGAUCACAGUGAGAGGGGUUUGCGGGUGUAGCCUGAGGGAGAUGCACUUUGGGUGCCCUGAAUCCACGAGCCUUGCAAUCACUGGCUGCUUCUAAAACCUCCUCCUGGGAACUGUCCAUUAGCGUUAUUAUUGCAAAAAUUAAACUCACUACAAAACUAUUUCACCUGUGGAUGUAAACGUAGGCUGCAUGAUAGACGUUUAUAGCACUGCAUAGGCAUGGAGCAAGAGUGCUUUUGGGGGGGACGCAGGGGUACACAUACCCCUAAACAUUUUGUGAAUCUAAGUUUGGCCUCAUUGAGGGGCAGUAUUUCAAUAUGAGUAGGAAAAUGAGAGUACCCCUAAACUUUUUUUUUAGAAAAAAAGCAGUGUGUGUGUGUGUAUUACUAACUUUUCUGUUUUACAAUUUACAAUACUCAUUUUACAUCCUUAAGAUAUCAAUGACUUCCUUUAUUCUCUUUCCAUGGUCCAUUUUACAUAUCAUAAAUCCCUGCGUAUUUUGCAAAAACUAUACCAAUCAGUAUUCCAUUAUUGCAUCCAUCAAAACUUAUUUACACUGUUUUCAGGUGUACACAAUUAUUUCCCCUAUAUACAAUAAAAAAUUUCCAAACGUUUCCCGAAAGAGGUGCAAGACGUCUGUUUUUACAGUUCCCUCCUUGCAAAUGAUAAAUAUUUGUCGUUUGGCGUGACUGUCCUGCCUCUUUGCCUCCCCCCACAGCUCAGGAACAAGCUGACGCCACAGGAGAUCCAACAGUUUGCCUUCUUGCUGAGAGAAUACCGGAUGGGUCUGGCGGUGGAGGGAUACUGUGCCGGCCUCCUCCAGCUCUACGGAGAAAAGCGGAAGUUCCUGCUGCUGGGUAAAUGAAAAAUCUCUGCUUUUGGUGGGGCAGAAGAGGGAAGAGAUGGGAAAAUCGCCACUGGGGGACGUCAAGUGACUUCCAUAUAUCACUACUGGUAAAACCAUGGCUUUAACUAUACGGGCCUUUGUUGGCAAGGUGAUCGGGUGAUGUUUUGCCCUUUGGGGGAUUGCGGGGACAGGCUCCUGGUGACCUGGUGGGCCAAGGAGCCUUCGCCCAAUCUCCCUCGCACCUUUCUCUGUUCUGCCUCCGCAGGGAUGCGCCCCUUCAUCCCUGACCAGGACAUCGGCUACUUUGAGAGCUUCCUGGAGAACAUUGGCAUCCGCGAAGGAGGGAUCUUGACUGACAGCUUUGGGCGCAUCAAGAAGAGCAUGAGCAACACCUCAGCCUCUGCCGUGCGCAGCUACGACAGCUGGUCCUUGCGCUCGGAGUCGGAGUCCUUCAAUCGCAUGAUCACGGACAUCACCCACGACAUCGAAGCCCUGGCGAGGGAUGAGGAUGAAGAGGAGGAAGACGGCGACGAUGACAGCGGUGGCAAUGAUGAUGAUGAAGACAACUACCUGUGAGGAGGGGAGACCACCUGGGCCUGAAAGGCAGAAGGGAGCCAGGAACACUAAAAGCUCUCUAAUUUGAAGUCAGACAAUUGGUCCAGCUGGCUCAAUAUGGUCUAUACUGACUGACAGCAGCUUUUUAGGGUGGGUCUCUCCCCACCCUAUCUGGAGAGGCUGGGGAUUGAAUUUGGGUCUUUCUGCAAUUAAAGCAGUGGCAGGGCAGCCAAUCCUUAUUUGAGCCUUCUACUCAAUGAAUGAGGGACGCAGGUGGCGCUGUGGAUUAAAUCACAGAGCCUAGGAUUUGCCGAUCAGAAGGUCGGCGGUUCGAAUCCCCAUGACGGGGUGAGCUCCCAUUGCUCGGUCCCUGCUCCUGCCAACCUAGCAGUCAAAAGUACGUCAAAGUGCAAGUUGAUAAAUAGGUACCUCUCCAGCGGGAAGGUAAACGGCAUUUCCAUGCACUGCUCUGGUUCGCCAGAAGCGGCUUAGUCAUGCUGGCCACAUGACCCGGAAGCUGCACGCCGGCUCCCUCGGCCAAUAAAGCGAGAUGAGCGCCGCAAACCCAGAGUUGUCCGCGACUGGACCUAAUGGUCAGGGGUCCCUUUACCUUUUUACUCAAUUAAUAUCUGGAUCCUGCACACCCUCCAAAUGUCCCUAUUUGCCAGGGACAGUCCCGGAUUUACAGAAGCCAUCCUGGUUUCUGAUUUGAUCCCAGAAUGUCCUGCUUAGCCUUAGGAUGUCCCUAUUUUCAUCAGAGAAAUGGAAAUAAGUACCAAACCAAAGAGAUAAGUCACUAUGCAGCCUUUAGAAGACAUUUGAAGGCAGCCCUGUAUAGGGAAAUUUUUUAAUGUUUUAUGUUUUUAUAUAUGUUGGAAGCCUCACAGAGUGGCUGGGGCAGCCCAGUGUGAUGGACAGGGUAUAAAUAUUGUUGUUGUUGUUGAAUAAGACAUCCCUAUUUUCAUCGGAGAAAUGUUGGAGGGCAUGGAUCCUGGCGAGCAAAGGUGAGCCACGCCUUUCUCUCCCCACCUGCUCCCCAGUUGCGAAACUGAUCUGCGUUGGAACAUGCAUGUUCAGAGGCAGUCUACCAUUCAAUAUCAUUUGCUGAGCGGUGGGGUUGGGAGAAGCCUGUGGAGCUCAUGUCCUGCCUUUGAAUAUCCUAGAAGGAUCUGGUUGUGCAAUGCGAGAAGCAGGAUGCUGGACUAGAUGGACAUCUGGCCUGAUCCACCAGAGAUCAUAGAAUUGUAGAGUUGGGACCCGAGGGUCAUCUAGUCCAACCCCCUGCAAUGCAGGAAUUCUGCCUAUGUUCUUGCACCUGUCCCACCCCAUGGCUUGCUCUCUGCAGCUCGAGUUCGUCCUACUGGUCUGCUAGGUUCAGGAGAGUCCCCUUCGGAUGGACUUCCGAUGUCUUGUCUUGUGAAGUUGGUCAAGCGCCAAGCAAUUUUUAAUAGAGCAAGACUGCCCUCUGCUGGUCUCUUGCAGAACGUAUGCAGUGAGCUUAUACCAUGAUAACCAAGACAGGUAUCACAUUGCACCAUCGUUUGCAAGUUCUCUUUCGAGACUCAAGCUUUUACAAUCGGUGCAACGGCAGGGUUUUUAUUUUGUUUUUGAAAUGAGGUUACAACCUCUUUUAGGAAUUGCAAUAUUUAUUUGUUUUCAUACUAACAGAAGCUUUUCUGGGCUGGUUUCCAGCCCUGUGCAAUGGCCCUCCCACAAUAAAAUCAUUAAAAACUUAGGCAGAACCCAACACUUCUGCAAGUGGACCUCCACUCAUGCAAUGGGACUUCCUCCAUUCUAUCCUUCCCCAUUGCCCUACCUCUAACGCAGAGAGGGGAAACUGGGGGUCCCUGAAACAUUGCUACACUCCAAAUCCCAUCGUCCCUGCCCACUGGGCCGUUCUGGCAGGGGCAGAUGGGAGAUGGAGUGCGACAACAUCUGGAACCCCCUGGGCUCACCAUUCCUGAGGUUUCUGCAAUGGCUGCUUUGCAGCUCUGCGGACAGUCCUUGGUUCAGCAAGAGAGUCCAGAGUUCUUUGAUCUUGGAUCUCCUGGCAUUGUUGGACUACAUCUCCCAUCAUCCCAAACCAGCUAGUUGGGGGGGGUGGGAGUCGUAGUAGCGCAGCGAAACCUGGGGACCAAAGGUUUUCUCUGACCUGCAGCAAAGCAGAGCAAGGGUCAGUAUGAGUCCGUUUGGCGGUGCUUUGAGAAACCACGAGAGGGUGCUGUCCUCUCUUCGUAACGCCCUUCCCUUUUAAGGUUUGCAUAAGGCAGAAUGGUUUGCCCCUUGCGGAGCUACAAUUCCCAGCACCCUUAGCAAACUACAACUCCCAGGAUUUUUUUGCUGGGUAAGUCAUGUUCUUUCAGUGAGUGGCUUGUGUGCUACCUGUGUUUCUUGACUCAGCAGUGGCCCUUACAACUCGUGGAAAUCAUUCCCGUAAGGUGUUUUCCACAUCAAAGUCUGUCCCAGGAAAAUGUGACGGGCAGAAGAAAAGCCCUGCGGCUGGAUCAGGCCCAAGGGGGUCCACCUUGUCCAGCACGGAUGCUGGAGGAAACCAUGAGCUCUGAUGGCUAAGUACUUUCCCUCUGUCUCCUUCUUCCUCAAUUCUUGGUUGACUGAGCAGCAAAAGAAAGAUUCGUGGGUUGCAUCAAAGUGUAAACAUGGAGCAAUUUGCAUUUCAGAAAAGGAAGUUCCUCCUCUUGCAAUUUCCGAGAAGAAGCCCAGGCCUCCUGCCAGCUGGGUGGGGCUAAGGUUGCUUCUCGUUUGGUACCUGCUGGCCCCGCAGAUGCCCCUGACCAGGCUGGAGGGUGAGUCACCAGAAGGACGCGGUUGUGACAUCAUUCCGGAAUCUGCACCAACUUCCUCUCACCAUUUCGGGCAAAGCUUUGCAUUUUUGCAACGUGGUAAAAACCACGCUUUGCAGGGAAACUCCGUAGAAAUGCUUAACAAAAUAUUAGUAAAAGUCCCAGGUCUUGAACUCUAAUUCCAUUGGAUCACCACCCCACUGUCCACUCCCCUGACAAAAGUCAUAAAUCCCCCUUUUAAAUCUAUAUUGUUAAAAAAUGCCUGAAUCGCUCAGGCAGUAGAGCUAUUAAUCUAAAAGUCGUGGGUUCAAGCCCCACGUCAGGUGAAAGGAUCCUACGUUGCAGAGCAAUCACUCUGUGAUUCUAUGAAAUCCUAGGUUAAACUGGUCUGGCUAAGCCUAGCCUGGCAGAUCUCCUUUGUGAGUCGAUCCCUGGCUUUUUGAGUGUUUUGGGGUAGCUAAGAGACCAUUCAUCCACACUGAUUCCCAUACGAAGGCAUUUGUAAAUCCCAGUGUCUUUGGAAAAGAAUUGCAGACCAGCAGUUUUGAGUCAGAAAUUGAGGGCCAGGAUAUAGCUGAGUUCUUGAGCUCUGCAAGCAGAGUUGGAGGUGCUGGCUGGUCCUGUCAAGCAGGGAUGGGAAGCUUGCUUGCCUCCAUCAGAUGUUGCUGGACUCCAGCUCCCACAAACCCCAGCUUGCAUGGCCAAUAGUCAGGAAAGAUGGGAGUUGUAGUCCUGCAGCCCCUGCCCUAGAAGACCUGAUGUCAGACCAGUGGACUUCAGGUGUCUGUUGAGUUCUUUGGCCGUGUUCCUCCAACUACACUCAACCUGUUAGAAUUCCUGUGCCGUUAUUGCAGUCAUGGGACUGUUGUCUAUCACAUGACGGUGUAUGUUUUGAUUCCACAGAGUCGGAAGUGACGGAGACAGGAUGUUUGUGUUCCUGUGUUCCGUGAAGUGGAACUAUUGUCCUUUGUUCUUUUUCUCUUUGCUGUCUGAUGCUAGAGAGACAGGGAGCCAUGUUGCAGUGCUCCGUGUGUGUUUAUAUGUAAAUAAAGUAGAUUAGCCAAAAUGCUGAGUUGAUGAGGUCUGUUACGCAAACUGCGAAGACUCUGCGGAUCCCUAAGUGUGCCGAUGUCGGUUGGCAUCGGUCGCUGUGAUGUUUGGGCUGAAGAAAGCUUUUGAAGCUCCCGAACGAUCGACCAGGAGGGAGAGAACAUGCCAAUAGGGCAUGUGUCUCUGCCAGGGUCCUACUCGAGUGUAGGACGAGCUCCUGACACAACCUGUGUGCUUGUAAAUUAAAGGCAAUGUUGCAAGCAAAACACCAGUAAGCCUCCAGUGACCUCCUCCCCAAAAAAGUUGGGUGAGCGAUGCACUCCUGUAACUUUUCACAGAAGAAGUGGGCCGUGCAAAACGGCACGCUAGGUCGAUGGUACAGGUGGGUGUAGCGUUCAGUGAAGAGAGAAAAAUCCACCACCUCAUUUUCUGCAGAAGAGCAAAGACUUUCUGUUUAAACCUUGCAUUCAGAGCCUUUGCUAGUUCCUUCUUUUAAACAGAAGAAGGUGUGGGUACAUGUGGGGGUGUGUAUUUAUAUAAGUA